AUGAACGGCUCGGGUGGCCCGGGCGUGGAGGACGCCAGAGAGAUAGGCGGUGGCGGCUGGCAGCCAGGGGCGGUCAUCGUGCCCACGGUCUUCGCGCUCUUCUUCCUCGUGGGCACCGUCGGCAACGCGCUAGUGCUGGCCGUGCUGCUGCGCGGGGGCUAGGCGGUCACCACCACCGACUUGUUCGUCCUCAACCUGGGCGUGGCCGACUUGGGCUUCAUCGUGUGCUGCGUGCCCUUUCAGGCCACCAUCUACACCCUGGACGGCUGGGUGUUUGGCUGGUUGCUUUGCAAGGCUGUGCACUUCCUCCUCUUCCUCACCAUGCAGGUCAGCAGCUUCACGCUGGCCGCCGUCUCCCUGGAGAGGGUACUGGCCAUCCGCUACCCGCUGCACUCCCGCGCGCUGCGCACGCCCCGAAACGCGCUGGUGGCCAUCGGGCUCAUCAGGGGGCUGUCGCUGCUCUUCUCCGGGCCCUACCUGAGUUACUACCGCCAGUCGCAGCUGGCCAACCUGACCGUGUGCCACCCGGCGUGGAGCGCUCCUCGCCGUCGCGCCAUGGACCCCUGCACCUUCGUUUUCAGCUACCUGCUGCCGGUGCUGGUGCUCGGCUUGACCUACGCGCUAACACUGCGCUACCUCUGGCGCGCCGUCGAUCCAGUGUCCCCCGGCUGGAGCUCCUGGCGCGCCAAGCGCAAAGUGACACGCAUGAUCGUCCUCGUGGCCGCGCUCUUCUGCCUGUGCUGGAUGCCCCACCGCGCGCUCAUCCUCUGCGUCUGGUUCGGCCGCUUCGCGGUAACGCGUGCCACCUACGCGCUGCGCGUUCUCUCGCAUCGUGUCUCCUACGCCAAUUCGUGCGUCAACCCCAUCGUUUACGAGCUCCUCUCCAAGCACUUCCGCAAGGGCUUCCCCAAGACCUGCGCGGGCCUGUUGCGCCGAACCCCUCGCCGCGCCUUGGGCCGCGUGUGUAUCGCCGCGCCCGGCACCCACAGCUGCAGCAUGCUGGAGCGCGAGUCCACAGACCUGACGCACGUGAGCGAGGCGGCCACGCCCCUCGCCCCGGCCCCGGAGACUCCCGUCUGGCUGGACCAAAAGGCUUCCAAAGCCGUCCUGACAGUCAACUGACCUGAGGGCACUUGGGCGGGGG